UUAGUUAUCCCAUUUUAGCCACGGGGUUUUUGGACUACAUUUCCCAUCUCACACUCGGUGUUUCGCGUACGCAGGUUCACGAGCUCCUUACCGACCCCAACAGCAGCUGGGGCAGCCAACCACUUUGUUGAACGGGAACUCGUUAGAAAGAGACGGUCGUGGAAAAAUCGUUGGAAAAGUGUAAACAGACUAGAAAACAGCGGAAUUAAACUGUUCUGAAGCAUUGUUACUUUGUCACCUGAAGAACGGAAACCGUCGUCGCUUUUCGCCGGUACCGAGGAUAACACACAACUUCCCAAAGAGGAAUUCACUCAUUCAGGAUGUCGGAGUGAAACAAAGAGGUCUGAGGGUAUUCCUGUCGGAAAGGGGCUGAACUUCAUCCUUGUGGCCUUCUCUGAAUGGGAAAGAUGGAAAGGGAGUUACAAUGGUGGAAAGGACAGCUAGCAGGGGAUAUCCAUCAGUCCCUCCGCAUCAAGGAGUUGAAGCUGCCUGUGUAUCGGGCCCACUCCCCUCAGAUAGGGAUGCGUCGGUACUUUGCAGACCUGCUGGCCAUACUGUCGAACCGCUACCAGCUGUGUCCUACAGCCAGACACCUGUCUGUCUACCUACUGGACCUGUUCAUGGAUCACUACGAUGUGGCCGUCAAACAGCUCUACGUCAUCGCUCUGUCCUGCCUGCUCCUUGCCAGUAAGUUUGAGGAGAGGGAGGACCGGGUACCUAAGUUGGAGCAGCUCAACUCCCUGGGCUUCAUGUGUUCUCUGAAUCUUGUUCUCAACAAGAGAGACCUCAUCAAGAUGGAGCUGCUGCUGUUGGAGACGUUCAGCUGGAACCUGUGUAUGCCCACCCCGGCCCACUUCAUAGACUACUACCUCCAGGCCUCGGUGCAGGAGGGAGACCUGUACAACGGCUGGCCUCUCUCCUCCCUCUCCAAGACCAAAACCUUUAUGGACAAGUACACACACUACUUCCUGGAGGUGUCACUGCAAGACCAUGCGUUCCUGAGUUUCCGGCCGUCUCAGGUGGCGGCAGCGUGCGUAGCGGCGUCUCGUAUCUGUCUCCAGAUUUCUCCUAGUUGGACCACGUCUCUACACCUUCUGACUGGAUACACCUGGGACCACCUCACACACUGCAUCAAACUCAUGCUGCUUGCCCAUGACAACGAUGUGAAGGAGGCCAACAAACCCAAAUCCACCCCUCCGUUGUCUUGCUCCUCCUCUCUCCAGUCCCACCCUCCUCCCUCUCACCUCUCCCCAGUCCAGAGACCAGCUACCUCCUCCAACCCCCAGCAGCUCCUUUUCCAGCCUGGCCCAGUGGGCUUCCCUCACCUCUCCCAGCACUCCCCCUCCCUGUCCCAGCUCCACGCGCUAGCUGACUCCCAGGCUUUGGGGCCUGCUGUGGUCAACAUGUCCCAGGACAUCCUCCAAAGCCAAAGGAUGGGGCUGCUCACUGGGGGCAACACCAUGACCUCCACAGCAGGGACCUUCCCCUCCUAUCCUAGCCUGACUUCGGGGCUGCUCACUGGGGCCAACACCAUGACCUCCACAGCAGGGGCCUUCCCCUCCUAUCCUAGCCUGACUUCAGGGCUGCAGCCUGGGGCUCGGGUGGCACCGCUGGCCUUGCAGGGCCCCAUCUCCAUGCAGGUAGCCUUGGCUGCGGAGCCGCGACACUGCCUCAGCAUGGCCUACACCGGAGGGUACCUGGGGGCCGUGGGCCCCCACCACACCUUCACGUCAGCGGGCUGCUUUGACAGGUGACGCCAGGAGACGGAGGAGAGGAUGAACAGCAAACCGCCCCGAGCCAGGGACAGGGAGCGCUGCAAUCCUCUUCCCUCACUACUUCCUCCUCCUCUCCGCUCCCUGGCGGACCUCCUCUCCAUCUCCGUCAGCACGCCUUCCCCCUCCUCUGCCGCACCCCGCCCUGCGCCCCCCACCCUCAGACAGAGACGGAGAGAAAGACGGCUAAAACACAAGCAAAGGUCAAAGGGCACCGAUGACCCCGUGGAGGUCAUCACACUGACAUGACACCUGAUGUCACUGCGACGUACUGACUGACUGUUGAACGCUGUCUUCCGAUCCCGCCGCAGGAACGUGAUUCCAAGGCAGAAGCAUUAACCCCACGGUAGAAUGGUCACCGUAUGUCCCUGGUUAAGAUGCUGUUAUCACUGUGAACCAGAGGCUAUGCAGCGUGAUUCCUCCUUAGUGCCUCUCUGAGUGAUGUCUGUCUGUCUGUGAAUUCAGCUGAAGAUGAAGUGCUGCUGGAUCUCUGUCACUCUAAUCCAAAAAAAGAUCAACUCAACUGAAGACGAGUAAUUGGCCAGUAAAGUGACAUAUUGAGCUGCUGACUUGAGAACAGUGGUAUGAAGUGUUAUAAGUAGACCUACCAGUGAGUUGAAGAGGCUGUAUGUCACUUGCUAUGUCGGCCUUAUAUCACUCUUAUGCCAGUGAAUAAAGGGAUUAUGUCACUCGUGACUAAGUGCUCCAGGGGCAUUCUCAGAAUUCCUACCCAAAAUCCUCUCUGGCUGGGGAGGGGAGACCACAGAGUUCAUUGUUCUGUCACAGCAGGGGAAAUCCAUAGUUAACAUAGCUGUCAUGUUUUGGCUUUCUCUUCUUUCAUCCUUCCUCCCUCCUUGUCACCUCUCCUUACAGCCUUUAUUCUCCCUUCCUCCCUCCUUGUCACCUCUCCUUACAGCCUUUAGUCUCCCUUCCUCCCUCUAGUCUCCCUUCCUCCCUCCUUGUCACCUCUCCUUACAGCCUUUAGUCUCCCUUCCUCCCUCCUUGUCACCUCUCCUUACAGCCUUUAUUCUCCCUUCCUCCCUCCUUGUCACCUCUCCUUACAGCCUUUAGUCUCCCUUCCUCCCUCCUUGUCACUUCUUACUUUUUGCAAAGUCUUGUCUUGGGGUGGAGCUCGCCUCAUAUCUGGAUCUUUGUUUCCAGAAGGGGGGGGUUCCAACCCCCAAGUCUCGUAGUGAGUGUUAAAGAGUGAAGCUUUGUUUUCCACGUCCUUCCACUCAGACUUCAAGUGGAAGUGAACUGACAUGGAAUGCUCAUGGUUAAGGAGACUUGGAAACAUAGAAAUAGAAUGAUUGGCAUUCUAAUUCUAUGCUUAGAACUUUGUUGAAGUAGAUAAUGACCUUCUGCUGCCUUCUAUUAGAAGUGAUGGUUCUGUGUGAGCUGAAGACUUGUUUCCAUGAACCACAGCGUAUAUCAGGGACUUGAUUUGAUGGAUGACUUGAAUACGAUGCCAUUGAAACGUGCCGUAGCUUUUUAUUUAUAUGGACACAUUUAUUCCUUGUUGCUUUAUUUUCUAUUCUUUGGUGAAGUAAGUUUAGUUUGAGUUUUUAGUUGUUUUUUUAUACCAGCGUGUAAUGUGUUUUUCUGUGCCCUUGUAGAACUGUAUAUUCAGGCUCAGGUUAGGCUGUGAAUAUCCAAUCAGCCGUCUCCUUAUUGUUGAGGUUACCCAAUCAGCUGUCUUCUUACUGUGUCCUAUUGAGUGUGCUUUAAAUAGAUACUAGCAUGGCACCCAGGAGGGUUUCUCACGUAUCUACCUCUCUGAGGAAGAGGACCUGAAUUUUUAAACAACAUACUAAGAUAUAUAAACAAACACCAAAUUUGCAUCCUGGUAGAAUCUGUGACCUUCCAGACGAUGAAACACACAGCCCAUCUGCAGCUUGUCAUUACUAAUUACUUCCCACAUUCCCAGCACUGCAUUUCCCCAUACUUCUACUUCCUGUUGGAACGUAAACACAUCCAGAUUCCCCUUCUGGGUCACAGGGGGUCUCGCUGGUUACCGUGGCGAUGGCCAAAAAAAUCUAAAUCAGGGGCUCACUCAGAAGAGAGAGUUAGUUGGAACGUUACAGAAUGUUUAGAUAGAAAUGUGCUGUUUAGAUCAGCUAUGGGUAUCUGUUGUGUAGAGCAGGGAAUAGUGGAAGCUCUAUAAAUCACAUUUCUAUCUGCAACAAUGUAAACUUCUGGUCCUUUUUUCUGUCCGUAUGCUAUUGAAUGUGUAUGUUUUUACUAUGGUUGUACCUUGUCCCCAGCAGUUUUCACACUUGAACUAUGCUGAUACUACUAAGACUGUGUUCUGGUUCUCAGAACAUGUUCUAUAUAGGUUUUUAUGUUCUGAUUCUCAAUGUUCUAGGCUUAGAUAUCAGAGAUGUAUUUAAUUGAACGCUGUAUGAAGCUUGCUUAAGCAAGUUAUCUGUCAAGCAUCUGAAAUGUGUCUAAACCUUUUUAUAGCAUGAACAUACCUUACUGUAGUCUAGAUAGUAAUUUACUAGAAAUGGAAUGAAGGGCUUACUAGAGUAUGUUACUAGCAACCAAAUGUAUCUUUCUGCCUGAUCUCUUCUGAACUAUGUCAAUCUACCCAGACUCACUCACUGUACGGUCAUCACUACUUUUUAUUUUACAUUCCUAUUAUUUUAAGUGUAUUUUAUUUACUCCUGAUCUGUGUUUAAUAAAGAUGGAUGCAGUCGGUGUGGAGUAGUGGGUCUUAUUCAUUAGGCACCAAACGGAAGAAAACGGACAAACAGGGAGGGACUAUAUGAACUUGUCCCAAAAAGAAAGCUUUUUCUGUUUGCAAAACGUUUUGCUACGGUGUGACCUAAUGAAUACGACCCUGUUUUAGAUAAAAAAAGAACUCUCAAGUCUUUCCCUCACUAAAAAGCUACUUCUCACCGAGGUCUCAAGGUGCAAUAUGUUUUUGUUGGUAGAACGAUUCCUUCUAUUUCUACGGAUAGAAGUCUUCUCUCACAGCCGUCACUGUCUUGAGUAUAGCCCUCACUACUGGUUCAUCUUUUUCUAACUUAAUUCCUUGACAUUAUUGUGUGAUUUGACUCGACGUUGAUCCUUGCUGCCAGAAAGCCGAGAGCUCUGAACACUAUGUUGCACAUUGCAGCCUUGAUUGGUGUACUGUACGUGUUUCUAUAGCGAUACGGUGCAUGUUUCUAUGUCCACAGAACUGUGCUGAGAAACACACACACAACCACACUACUUGUCCAAUGAAAUGACACCAGAAAUGUCCCACAUCUAUUUUUGUAAAGCUGUUUUUUGUAGUCUUUGUUGAAGUGACACAGAGAAGUUUUUUUUUAUCCGAUGAGCCAUUGAAAUAAACAACAACAAAAAUAACUAAA